CCCCUCCUCCAUCUGAACGCGCUCGCCAGAGCAACCCGAAACCUCAACUAAAUUCCUUCUUAUCACCUGUAAAGACGACGUUUUUUGUGUGUUUGUUGUCGGCCUCGGUGUGUUGACGCAGUUUUGUUUCCUACAAUUUCCAGUUUUCAGACCUCGAGGAAAUCUCUGGCUCGCAUCAGCUGCUUCAUGCGCGGCGCAGGAUCCACAAGGUUGUGUGUGACCUCUCCCCCUCGCCCCUGUGACCUGUGAAGCCCGGUCAACCUUCUCCCCCUCCCUGAGUUCAGAUCCAUGGCGCUGAACAAGCUUGUGGGUUUUGGGAAGCAGUUGCUGAGGGUGAAGGUGGUGGACUGUAACACAGAAGACUCCCGUCUGUCUCGAUGCCUCAACACCUUAGACCUUGUGGCCCUGGGCGUGGGUAGCACGCUGGGCGCUGGCGUCUACGUGCUGGCCGGCGCUGUUGCACGAGAGAAUUCAGGUCCUGCCAUUGUGCUGUGCUUCCUGAUAGCGGCCUUAGCCUCAGUGCUGGCAGGUCUGUGCUAUGCCGAAUUUGGAGCCCGUGUUCCCAAGACAGGCUCAGCUUAUCUCUACUCCUAUGUGACUGUGGGGGAACUCUGGGCCUUCAUCACUGGAUGGAACCUCAUCCUCUCCUAUAUCAUUGGUACCUCCAGCGUGGCCCGAGCAUGGAGCGCCACCUUCGACGAGUUGGUGGGGAAGCGCAUAGAGCAGUUCUGCAGGGAGUACAUGUCCAUGAAUGCACCGGGUAUAUUGGCAAAGUACCCUGACAUGUUCGCUGUUGUCAUCAUAUUCACCCUCACAGGUCUGCUGGCAUUUGGGGUCAAAGAGUCAGCGAUGGUGAACAAGGUUUUUACAUGUAUCAACAUCCUGGUCUUGCUAUUCAUGGUGGUGUCUGGCCUGGUCAAAGGUACUCUGAAGAACUGGCAGCUGGACCCUGAGGAGAUCCUACAUCCUAAUUAUACCAGUAACUCCAGCCUCAAUCUGACAGACACCCUGCCAACCAAAGAGAUUUUAGGAGUAGGCGGCUUCAUGCCAUUUGGUUUCACAGGCGUCCUAUCGGGAGCUGCUACCUGCUUCUAUGCCUUUGUCGGAUUUGACUGCAUCGCCACCACAGGUGAAGAGGUGAAGAACCCCCAGAGAGCCAUCCCUAUUGGCAUCGUAUCCUCGCUGCUCAUCUGCCUUGUAGCGUACUUUGGGGUUUCUGCCGCCCUCACCCUCAUGAUGCCAUACUACCUGCUGGACAGCAACAGCCCUCUGCCUGUAGCUUUUAAAUAUGUGGGCUGGGGAGGCGCCAAGUAUGCUGUAGCUGUAGGCUCUCUUUGUGCUCUGUCUACGAGCCGGCUGGGUGCUAUGUUUCCUAUGCCCCGUGUGGUCUGGGCUAUGGCCGACGAUGGGCUGCUUUUCAAGUUCAUGGCCGAGAUCAGCCCCCGCACCAAAACCCCGCUAACUGCAACCCUCACCUCUGGCGUAGGGGCAGCCAUCAUGGCCUUUCUGUUUGACCUGAAGGACCUGGUGGACCUGAUGUCAAUAGGGACGCUGCUGGCCUACACAUUAGUGGCUGCCUGUGUCCUGGUGCUCAGGUACCAGCACAAGCAGCCCGGUCUGGUGUAUGAGAUUGCCAGUACUCAGGAUGAGGUGGAGCUGAGCGACGGCAUCAGCGUCCCCAGUAUGGACAUCCUGCCUGGUGUGGAGGAGAGAUUCAGUUUCAAGACCCUCCUGUUCCCAGAUAACCCCGAGCCGACGAUACUGUCAGGCUUCGCUGUCAACAUCUGUGCCUCUGUCAUGGGAACGUUGAUCCUGGUGUUCAGUGUCCUGGCGGUGCAUGGAGGCGCUGCGGCGUGGAACAUCGUAGCCCUCAUUGUCAUCUUCAUGAUGUGUCUCCUCCUCACCUUUAUCAUCUGGAGACAGCCUGAGAGCAAGACAAAGCUGUCCUUCAAGGUUCCACUGCUACCCUUCCUUCCAGUGAUCAGCAUGUUUGUCAAUGUUUACCUGAUGAUGCAGCUGGACAGAGGCACUUGGAUACGGUUUUCUGUCUGGAUGGCUAUAGGUUUCGUGAUCUACUUCGGCUACGGCAUUCGUCACAGCGCCGAGGCCGCUCUGGCCCGCUCGUCCUCACACACAGAGGCGAACAAGCGCAAUCGCGAUUCAGAUGCGUCGCCGGAAAAGGAGGCCUUCCUGCACCAUGGUGUAGAUGCCAAGGAAGACGACGACGAUUUGUAGGAUGCAUUAGAACGUGCCGCGUACAUUUUGACCUCCCCUGCUGCCAGUUUGUCUGUGUACGAGUAUUUUUGACGACUCACUUGUCGUGCUCCCUUUUGGGGAAAGUAAUGAUGAAUAACUUUGACCCUAAAUUUCAUGAACCUGUGACUUUCCCUCUUGACUGCUGGGUAGGAAACAGAAGACUGGGGAUAGUACUCGAAAGCAGAGCUUCUUGAGCCAUAAUUGACUAUUAUUUUGGUAUUUUUUUAUGAGCUUGUUUCCCCUUUUGUUUGGCCUUGAGGUCCAACUGCUCAUGCAUGGCUCUAUGAGAUGGGAGGGCUCUUAUUGGGGAGGUUAAGUUGAAGCCUAGGUUACAAUACUGGCACUAAGACUGUGUGGAAACAUCUUUGGUCUGGGUGCCAGAAACCGAAAUGCUGUACAUGUAGUCUUUCUUUAUGUCAAAACAAAAAAUACUGUACACAAUUAGAUAACAGUCAGUCUUUAAUAC